AUGGACGAAGGACCACAACUACGAGCUCGAUUUACGAAAGAAAAACAAGAGAAAAAGCCAGAGUCUAUUGACGAAUGUAUCGAGCCAUCGCUCGUAACAAAAUCAGUUGGCAAGCAGCAGCCUGUCAUCUUCGGCGACUUCGUCAUGGCGGCUUUCACACGAUGGUUUGGACUGAACAAAUACCGAGUGCAUGUGCCCUGGACAGGAUACAUCGCACAACACGGCGGUAAAAGUCCCGCAUUUGAUGCAGCAAUAUACAGCAUGAACCUGGUUUUCAUGGGCCAUACCCAUGUCGACGAUAAGCUGCAACGCUCUAGUCGUGAGAUGUACAGUAAAGCGCUGCAUUUAUUUGGCGACAUGAUUCGAAACGAGGCUUCCAUGAAGUCCCGGGAAAGCGUAAGCAUCACAAUCGUGCUCAGUUUGUUUGAGGCCUACUCUCGCACCAACCCGGACUCUUGGGCCCGGCAUGCUAGUGGUACGGCAGUGCUCAUGGCUCAUCGAGGUCCAAUUGCUCACCUUACGGGCUUUGACCGCUGCCUAUACCUUUCGUUCAGGAGCUUUAUUGUCGCGGAAGCUUUUGUCAAUGACAAAAAGUGUAUAUUUGAGCAAUCUGAAUGGCAAGCUCACAUUCAUCAGGUCCGGAGAGAAGACAUGACCGAUCAGCGAGUUGACGGCCCUAUUGCGUUAUUCAUCGACUUGCAGGAUAGUAUCUUCAUCGAAGUCGUCAAGAUCCCAGGAAUGCUUUUCAAGGCUCGUCGGCUACACCGAGCAGCCGAACCAGAAAAGACAGCAAAGCAGCUCUUAGGACAAGUUCUGCAUUGUAGCCAGACAAUCAAUACACUCUCAGCUCAUCUCCGGCUAGCCGCUGCAGUGCAGAAGUACCAGUGGUACACGCCAGAGAGCAAAGAAGGCGUUGAACCUAACGACAAGGCUGGAUUCAUUGGGCCCAUCCCCUCUACAUUUCCCCAAGAGUUCGCGAACAGUGUCCUUCGUGGAUCCGAUAUCUGUCUAUUUCUUCUCGGUCUUCUGCAAGAUUAUCUUCAAGCAUAUGAAGUUGAUUAUAGCUCCACCAUCGAAGACCAAACGAUCUCUGUGGACCCCCUGCCUUUCCGAAUUGUCUCCAAGCUUCGCAGUGGUUCAGGAAACACCUCGCGUGCAUCUACAGCAAUAAAAAACGCGCAUGUAGACUUGCCGUCCCCGGACAAAUGGCUAGAUCUCGUUGCGGCAUCCAUGGGACUAGAAGCAUUCGACAUCGUCACUUGCCCUGUUCAAACCCACUGCGUGGAGAGCUUGCCAAUAAACAAUCUAAUGAUACAUGAUACCCUUUUGUGA